GCGGCAACUUCACCGGGAGCCUCGAGCCGCCUGUCGCCCACAACAUCAUCAUCAUCAUCAUCAUCACCAUCAUCAUCCUCAUCCUCAUCAUCAGCAGCAGCAUCAGUGUGAUGAAGCAGCGGAGGACUGAGACCUUCCUGCUCUGAGACACUGGAUCAGCCCACAGACAGGAUGACCGAGGUGAUGAAAUCUCUGGAGCCCGGGACGGAGGACUUCAGCGGGGGUGGAGCAGGAGCAGAUCAGGGCUCCAUCUUCCCAGAUACCCAUGAAAGGUAUCCGAAGCUGUCCAAGAGGCUUCCCUCCAUCGUGGUGGAGCCGAUAGACGCCGCCGAGGUGGAGAGCGGCGAGCUCCGCUGGCCGCCGGACGAGCCGAGCUCUCCAGAAACUGAGAGGCCGAGUGCAGGCGGACAAACUGCAGAUGAGGGCGUUGAAUCGAAUGUCGGCGUUGACGAAGAGGCUUCAGGGCCGGAGAUGCAGGACUCCAACUGAACAAAGUCUCCUCCUCUUGCGUAACCCACUGUUACUGUGAGUGUGUCCAGAUAAUGGAUGAAUGAAAUAGAGUCCAGUAGAAGAGCACGUUUGCAUUGAUAGAAAAGAUCACGGAGAUUAGAGAGGCUAGAAAAAAAAAACAGAUUCCCAAACCCCAGCUUCACGGGCUUGGAGCCAGAGUCCUGUCGCCACCUUCGUAAAUAAAUCUGCAGAAGGUGUUUUUGUUUACGCCUCUUCUUCUUCUGAUGAAGGCGGUUGUUCUGACACAUCAUUUAAGCUUAUAAAGAUGAUUGUAGGGAUCAAGUCUAGUUUGCCUUUUGGCGAUUUUCUUCUCUGCCUGAAAAUCUACUUUAACUUUUGGCAGCAGGCGUGUUUUUAAUGUCAGGAUUUAAACGCUUAAUCUCCGAGGGUUUCCCCGUCUAAUACGACUAUUGUUUUCCAGCUUUAGAUAUUUUUAAUUUGAUAAAUUAAACGUCCUCUCUCUCUUUGGCUCCAAGCCCCUCGCCGUCCAGAUGCCCAUCUGAUCUGGACAGAUGUUUCUAAAUGCUGUUUAGCUCAUGUGUGCCAUAUUACUACUACUACUACUACUGAUGGUAGCUACUGUAUUUUGUGCACAGUUUUUAACUCUAGAUGUAAAUUACAUCACUGUAUAUGUUAAAGUGCUGACUGCUGUAGUUCUGGUGAUGCUUGGUGUCACUAUUCACUUUGUACUAAUAGCUACGAUGUUUUAAAGAGCAGUAUUUGAUUAAUUAAGAAAGCCUUCAUCACUUUACUCGAUGUUAUUUACGACACGUUCUUUAAUAUAUUAUACGAUAUGUUGUCUUCAUACAGUAGGUGUUAAAGGGAAUGUAGUCGUGUUUUACUUUAAUGGAGCAAUAUGUUCACAGGAGUUUAAAGGCAGUCCAUUUUGUUACAGAAGUAAAUGAUAACCAGUAUAUUUUAGACGUGUGUCGUUUGUCACAGACAUGAUAUUUUUUAAAAUACUGGAAGCCUAAAUUAUUGCACAAGUAAUAAACCUUUUCAAAAUUCUUAAAA